AUUUUUAUGUUGUACCUUUGGUCACACUAUUGCAAAUAUCUCUAGGAUAGUUUAUUAUUAUGCGCACACAACAAAUAUCUCACCUUAAAACGAAUAGUAGAUAAACCAAAAAAAAUAUGCAGUUCUCCUGGAUGAAAGUUGCCAUAUACCUUCUUACUUUCCUCACGUACGCCUAUUCCGGAUACGGAUCCAGCACAAUAGUCCAUCUAAGGGAUGCAAUUAUAGCGGCGGAGGCAUUAUUUGGUGACGUGUUCAAGAACCUUAUAGUUCUGGUGCGCAAAUUUCGCACGGUUCAUGAGGUUUUCGAUGCGGCAGUGGACGAGAAUUGCAUUUAUCAGUGCCCCGCUCCGGAUAUCGGUGGACCAGCACCUCGAGCUGUUCAGAAUAAGUUCUAUACCCCCACUGCCGAUGGCUGUGGCUCCCUGGGCCUCCGGAUAAGCACCGACUAUCUUCCAGCCAAAGAGAUGGAGACCUGCUGCAAUGAUCACGAUAUUUGCUACGACACCUGCAAUAGCGAUAAGGAGUUGUGUGACCUGGAUUUUAAGAGAUGCCUCUAUAAAUACUGUGAUAGCUACGAAAAGUCCAUAGCGAGCGAUCUUAUGAUGAAGGGCUGCAAGGCGGCUGCGAAGAUGCUAUUUACCGGCACUUUGACCCUGGGAUGCAGAUCAUAUCUGGACUCCCAACAAAGGUCCUGUUACUGUGCCCCUCCGAGAAGCUCAUCCUAUAAUAGCAACAAACAAAGCAACAGCAGAGAGAAACAGCAGCGACAGAAAUAUGGCUGGAAAGAUCGGAACGAGAUAUAGUACAAGAUCACUUCUUAUGUGGGUGCGGGGCACAAGGGCUAUCUUAUUAAGUGUGCGUUGAAUGUUUUCGUUAAUCCGUGUUGUGUUAGUUUAUGAAUGGGUGGCACUAUACGUUGGACUCCCGAUUCGACGAAUUUCAUAAUUAUAUACCAAAUAGUGGCAUGCCAACGGUCCAGACUGUUAAAUACAUUGAUAUUUUUACCAAUAAUAAAGAUGUUUUAUUUUUAAUGCAUUUUUGUCUGCAGCAAAA